AUGCCAGUCGCUCCCGAAUGGCCGCCGGCUAUCUCAUUUAUCUUGCUGGCGACACCAUUGAAGUCCGCUGACUCCGUCAAUCCCAUCGUUGUUGAAGCUAUGCGUGAAGAAGGCGUCGACUUCAGCAACCAAAAACCCAAGAUUCUUACUGCCGAUGCGGUCCAAGAUAGCGAUGUUGUCAUCACUAUGGGCUGUGGUGAUGCCUACCCCUUCUUCGCUGGCAAACGCUACCUCGACUGGCAACUCAAUGACCCCGCCAGGCAAGGCUUGGAUGCUGUACGGACCAUCCGUCACGAAAUUCGUCAACACAUCGAGAGACUCAUCACCAAACUCCAAUGUUAUGCGUGA